GCGGCGGACAGAUCCCUGAAGGGACGGAGAUGGGAUUCAUCUUAGCCGCUGGGUUGGCUCCCUGUCGCCGUGAAGAAAGCUUCAUUCGCUUUCGCUUACCUGGAGGCUGCAGCUCGGAACCUUUAAAUUAAACUUCAGACUGAAAGUGAGUCGACCUGCUCUCACUUCUGAUCUUUCCAGCUGGACCAGAGGAUAUGAGAGGCUGCAGGAGACGCUGAUGGAGCUCCAGGAGUUGAGCUGGCUCUGUCUGGUGGCUCUCUUCCUCGCCUCCUUGCUCAUAGUACUGGGAUGGCUGCUCCAGUACUCGCUGACUGUGCUGCGGCUCUGGAGGUCCAGGAAGGCAGCCAAGCAAGGUGGCCGAGAGACAGCCUGGCUGCAGCGGCAGCAGCAUGUCUUCUCCACUCAGCCCCAACAGAUGCAGGCUGGAGGCGUAUUGGGCUUUCUGCUGAUGAAGCUGCGCUCUGGCAAGGAUGGAGCUGCUGCCUCUGAGGCUGGGGUCAAAGGCCUGCUGACCUCUCUGUUCUCCUUCAGGUCCUUCAGGGAGCACUGGCAAAGAACCUGGGUGAAGGCUCUGAACGAGCAAGCGUGCAGGCAUGGGAGUUCCCUCCAGAUAACUUUUGACAGCAGUCUCCAGUUAACCGCUGGCUCUGCAAUAGAUAGCGUGACCUACACUGACCAGUCUGCAAAAAAAAUGGUGUUACACUGUAAAUGCCGGGUAGACACGCUGACGUUUCCUGUGACUGUGACCCAGCAGUCACCCGCUGCUGUUUCCAUGGAUACGUAUCAGAUCACUAUUGCACCUAUGAUGGCUAAGGUGGACGUGUCCCUGGAGGAAGUGGAGGACGAGGGCUUGCUGAUAUCUUGGACUUUUUCCAAGCAGCCGUCAUUUUCUCUCACUGUGUCCCCGUGUAAACUGCAGAGACAGGGAUCAGAGGCUGCAGCAGACCUGGACAUGAUCAAAGGAAUGGUUGAAGACACGCUGUUCAGCGCCCACCCGGCCAUGGUCCUCAACCUCAAGGCCUCCAUGUUUCCUAGUGUGUCUCCAAUGGACCAUCUCUCAGUGGGAGCGAGUUCCACAUCCCACGGGUUCUUAGUGAGGCGGCUCCUUCUCCAGCAGCUCAGGGUGACCUUAAGUAAAGGCCUGUGGUCCAGAUCAGGGGAGCUGUGCUGCGUCCUGAGUCUGGACCAGCCGUCGGCAGAGAGGAGGACCUGCUUCCUGUCUGUGCCGAGAAACCCCGACACUGCCCUGGAGUGGAGCGAAGAAAUGACUCUGGAGAUUGGCCCGGAAACCAAAGAGCUCAGGUUCAGGCUUUUGGAGCGGAGCGGCACAAGAGAGCAAUUUCUUCCUGGUCAUGCCGCCAUCGCCGUGAACCUUCAGUCUAAAACCCCGACUGGGCAACAUGUUCUGUGUCUCAGCUCUGGCCCCGGCUCAGCACCAGAUGCUACCAUCAGCACAGAGCUCCUGUAUGUAGAAACCGUAGACCCUCGCAGUUCCCAGAACGCUUUCCCUAUUCGCUCCUCGUUGACCCCUAUGAAGAAGGUCGACGUGGAUCGAACUGUCACCCCGGAUGGCACCGUAGUCACUACCGUCACCACCGUGCAGUCACGAAUGAAGCUUGAUCGCAGCCCAGGUGAUUCCCCGCUGCGUUCGCCAUCCAAAGUCGGAGUGAGCGAAAAGAAAGCAGCCGUGUUGGUGGACGAAAGAGGCAGCAGCAGCAGCAGCCCCAACCCGAGCAAGAGCAGCCGCCUCUCUAAUGGCCUGGAUCCUGUUGCAGAGACGGCCAUUCGGCAGCUGACAGAGUCUGCAUCCAAAUCAGCCCGGAAGACGCCGACAAAGAGGAGCACACUGAUCAUCUCCGGCGUGUCAAAGGUUCCUCUCACCGAGGACAACUGUGCACUAUCAACCGGCUACGCGGCCGCUAUGGAUGCGGCCAUGCACGGCAACCACUUCAGGUUGGGGCAUCACCAGGACCCUGAUGAAACCACUCCCUCUGACGUGUCGGAGCGCCCCUCUGUGGAUGACGUGGAGUCUGACACCGGGUCCGCUGGCGCCUUGGAGACGCGCAGCUUGAAGGACCAUAAAGUGGGCUUCCUCCAGAGCGGCUCCAAGCUGCUGUUCCGCAGAAGACACAGAGAAAAGGAGCCCUGCCUCAGCCAGUCCCACGAGGACAUCUCCAACAUGGGCAAUAACUUUGCAGCCCCGGCCACGGGCCCCACCCGCAAAAAGUCUGGCAGCUUCUCCCGGCGCAUCAUCAAGCGCUUCUCCUUCCGCUCUUCCGGCAAAUCGAAGGGCAAGGCUGCUGCUGCUGCCAACGGAGGAUCGAGCUCUGUGGAUAAUUGAUUAUAAUCAUGAAAGGGAAUAUUAAAGACUCUGUGAUCAGCCCGUAACAAGCUGACAAUCCCAGUGGGUUACAACCUGCACGUCCUGAAGGAAGGAUGUUUCUGGAAGGAAAACUCUCUGAAAUGAAUCUUGUACUUCGUCAGUACAAAAAAAAAAAAAAAAAAAAAUCAUGAGAUUAUUCUAAAAUGGGUUGGUGAACUCGGUUUUCUUUGACGAGUGGUCUGCUGCUCAGUGAAAACAAUCGCUGCAGGGGAUUUUCUUUUCUUAUCCCUAUUUAAACACAAACUACUGUGUUUGAUUAAGACGGGUGAUGGAAAUACUCUAAAACUAUAUAAUUAUGUAAAAUCGCCAGUGUGACGUUGCUGGAUGCACUUUGGACUGAGGUUCUCUGCUUUUUUUUUUUAAUGGCACAUGUCAAAUUUUGAAGGAUGUAAAAAUAUAAUUUAUUAUUAUGUGUGUCUCUUAAAUGCUAUUUAUUUUCUUCUGCCAAAACCAAGUCAUUCUAGUUGCAUUACUCUGUAAAUUAAUGACAGGUGUGCUUUCUAUGCAAAUUUCGUUUUAAAUACAUUUAGGUAACAUACCAGAAAUCUAUCUCAGCUGAACUGUGCUGUGCAUUUUUAUCUGCUUAAAAAAAAUCGUGUUUCAUGUUUUAUCUUAUACCCUAAAUCAAAAAAGAUAUAGCAUUUAUAUCAAUUUUGUGUUAUGUAGUUGUUUUCUGUGGGAUAUCAUACUUUAGAUAUGUCUUUGAAGAUUCAGACAGACGUUUUAUGCUGGGCAAUAAUUUUAUUCAAUCUGAAUUUAGUUUUAAAUGGUCAGGUACUCAAAGGGAUUCCAUUACUGUAAAUACUUUCAUUAUUGUGCAACAACACUACUUGCUCUGUGUUAAAUAGCUCCAAGUACAAUAAUUCUCUACAGAAAAUCCAGACUAGUUUAUUAUCACACUGUGGCCAGUCAGACGUUUUGAUUUUCUUAUUGGCAUUAAAUAUCAUAAUAAUUA